ACUGUAGACUAGCUUCUAGCCUUGAGGUUACGCGGUACAUUUGUGUUUUGUUGGAUGAUGGAGUUUGAAAGUCUGUGCAAUUAUGGUGGGGUUACUGAGGAAGAAAUAGGAUUAGUCAGCCCUGAACUAGUUACUAAACUUAAUAUUGCAUUUGAUAACAUCUAUCACGAUGCUGAAGUGGCGAAAGAGGAACUUGCGAAACUUCAGAAAGCUCAAGAAAAUAGUGCGUUGCAUUAUUCUGAAGAGCAGUAUAAACUAAAGUCAGCAUCUGAAGAGUUAGAGAAGAAGUUGAGAGAAUGCAACGAUGCACUUUACGCUAUCGAAGAAAAGCUUCAUAAUGUUAAUGUGGAGAAGGAGGAUUUCCGUACAAAAUUAAACGACUGUUUGUCCGUUAAUAAUGAGCUUAACCUCGCUAUCCGUGGAUUAGAAAAUGAGAAAGAAAUUUUGUCAGAUCAACUAAAGAAUAAGCUCGGGUUGAUUGACUCUCUAACCUCUGAAAUUAGCGAGCUACGUACAGAAGCCGAAAAUGUUCGGAAACUAAAAAUAGAAAUGAUGUUGAAGUCGGAAGAUAUUAUCGGGCGUGAGUCGUCGAUAAAAGUAUGUAUUUCAACUCCCAAUCACUUCAUAUUUAGGCUCAAGAAGCUCGUUGGUCAGACGAACUAUCUAACUUACAGCGACACAAUGACUGGCUAGAGGAACGUCUCCAACAGACAACUGACCAGUUACUGACAGUUAGGAGAGACUCGGUAAGGUCCAGAUUUAAUCUACAUUUUUGCAGUACCAAAAGUCUUACUCUCUUGAAGCUGAACUUGGUCUUCGUAACGUUGAAGUAUGUUUUUAAUUCCUGUUAUAAUGUUUCAGCUUGAGAACUCCAAACAGUGCGUUGAAAGACUAGAAACAAAUGUACAGAAGCUUACUCAGACAAAUGACGAGUACAUCGUCAAACUUAAACUAGUAAGUUAUACUUAUCUCUUGAUUUUUCAGGUUACGGAUGAACAAAUAAAAAUGGAGCAGUUGUACGGAAAUGAAAUUGAGGCACAGAAGCAACUUAUAAAACUGUACAAGGAACAAGUAAAAGAGCUGGAAGAAAAAAAUGAGGAGCUUAGUAAUGCUGCUUCAUCCAUCCAGGGCCUCUUAAAGGAAGCUUAUGAGAGUAGAUUUAAUUACCUCACUUGUAUUUCCAUGUAGAUGUGUCAAGGUUGGAGAAUGAAAAUUCCUCUUUACAAGCGAAAUGCAGCGAAGCAAAUUCCAAACUACAGAUAGCUACUGAAAAUCUCGCUUCUGAGAUGGAAAGAAGUCAACAUCUUCUGGAUAAGUUCAGAGUGGAUGGUAAACCUAAAUGCAGUCAAUAUUGUUAUAAUUGAUGGCCAAAACACUACUUAGGGUCGUAUUUGUUACUGUCCUUUCAUCCUUUUAUCUGCCUCUUCACAUGUAUUCGGGUAGCGUGUGGCAGAUGAGUAUCUUUUAUCGCGUUGCUUAUGCUUGCUCAUAUUUUACUAGCUAUCUUAAGCAUACUAUUUCAUUGGUCUGUUAUCAUUAAGUCUCGUUUUUACGACUCCUAACCUUAUCAGUAUCUCAUUUGUUCGUCAGUUCUUUUAAAAAACCUGAAUCCUUAGAACUGUCAGUUUACACGACGUAGGUUGACUCAAAGAUCCCAUAUACUUAUUAGUACUAAUUGCAGUAAUGGGAGAUAGUACAGGUUACAGUGUUUCUCAAUUUAUUUAUUGUCAUGUAUUGGGGUCCAUUAAAAUAAAAUACAUCUUCAAACGGUCUCGAAAAGUUUUUGGCUCGAUAGAUUGCCACUCGUUCUGAAAUACAUGUUUGGACUCUGAUAGUGCUCUAAUAGGAGCACGUAUUUGCUUGCACUUGACUAAACACAGAAAAGCCACAUUAAAAAUGCCCAUUAGAGUUAAACUCAACGACGAGAAAGCCGAAGGUAAAUUCCAUAAACAAAUGAAAUCACACCUAGGCAAUUUUGAAAACGAAGAUGACCCAGAUGUUGCUUGAAAAAAUAAACGAACAGCCGUGGAAACAGCAGUGACAUCUAUUUGUAAUUUAAACCAAAGGAUUACGGAAAACCAGUGGAUUUCCGCCACAUCUUUUGCACUGGUAGAUUCUCGUAAACUUAUCCCAUCAGGCUCCGAACACGAUGACAAGCGAAAAAAAGUUGCAUCUAGGUUAACCAAAAGACCACGGAACGAUCGUAAGCAGUGGUGGGUACGAAAGCAAGAGGUGGAAAAGGCAGUGGCUGUAGGUAACACAAGACAGCUUUUCAGACCAACAAAAGGAGCCGGAAUUAAGACGUCAAAUGUGAGACAAUCGCUGAAAAAGACGACACUUAUUUGCUCUUAAUCGAGAUGUUUAGAACGAUGGGUGGAACACUUUAGGGAGCGGUCCAGCUGGUCUUCAGCUACUUUACUGCUACCCACCAUUUCCAAAUAGCCUGAGUUAAACAUUCAAGUAGACCUCCGACUCUAACUGAAGUUCAGAAAGCUAUGGCUAAUCUGAAACGAUGAAGAGCAGCUGAUCCAAAUGGAUUAACUCCAGAGGUCCUUAAGGACAGUGGUCCAGUUUUAGCGAUUAGGUCGACCAAUAUUUUAGCUAAAAUUUAGGGAUCGAAUGUAAUUCCAUCUAACUGGUCGCAAUCACUGAUUGUCCCAAUAUAUAAGAAAGGAUCGAAAUCAUUCUCUGAUAACCAUAGAGGGAUUAGUUUGACUAAUAGAGCGUCUAAAAUACUAGUGUCAAUAAUUAUCGGGGGCAUAACAAAGACUCGCAAAGUGCAAACACGAGAAAAUCAGACUGCCUUCCGACUUGGUCGUGGCUGCAUCGACCACAUAUUCACCGUUCGUCAGGUUCUAGAACACAGGCAUGCUUAUCGGCGUUCGACAGUGAUGGCUUUUCUUGCAUUAAAAGCAGCAUUUGACUCUGUAGACUGAGAGGUUCUGUUGCGGUGUCUAUCAUUGAAACGUGUACCUCAGAAGUACAUAAACCUUGUGAAGGCCUUCUACUCGAACACUACCAAUCGAGUCAUCUGAUUUUGCGACCUCAAGUGGUUUCUGAUAAGGCUGUCCACUAUCUCCAUUUCUAUUUAAUUUCAUUAUAAACCUACUGCUGGAAAUAGCGUUCUCGUAGUCUGGAUUUUCAGGAAUUGAUCUUAUACCAAAAUGUCCACAUAUUAACUUAAAAUAGUCCUGUUUGAUGACGCUAAUAAAAUGCAGAGUCUUCCGGUAGCACUGAGCAACAAUGCCAGGAUGUUCGGGAUGCGUUUCUCCCCAUCUAAAUGCAAAUUGUGAGCUAGAAACAACAAAUAAACUACUACUACUCAAACUGCGAAAAUUGAUUACAUUUCUACAGAAAAUAAAUUCGGAUGUCUAUUAGGAAGUUGACGAUACUUAACACAUCACUUAUCAGAAAUGGUCAACACUAUCAUCACCAUAAUCAAAGUAAAACCUGACACAUGGCAACCGCUUCAAGUUGCCAUACCAUAUUAGUACAGCGAGAUAAAAUUAUUUCAAGACAAAACCUAGUAUAGUAGAAGCAGUAACAGUAUCUAUCAAUAGUAGUAAGAAACACUAAGCAAAGAAAGAGAAAAAGGUGUAUGGAGAUUUUGGGACUUUUCUUCUAAAGAAAGAUAAAGAGUUAAUUGACCUCCAUUAUCGCGAACGAUUUUGAACCAUGUUACCCAAAGUUCCCAACCACUGGUUAUGACAUCACAACUGAUACCAAAUCGUUGGCCAAGGUGACACUUGAGGAGGAAGUCAAAAGAGGAAGUUUAGAGUUUAAAGUCGAGGUAGGAGGAACAAUGGGGAUCGAAGAGGAAAAUAGAUUAUGAAUACAGUGAUCUUGAGUGCUGUUAGAGGUUUCUCCCCCUCUAAAUGCGAAUUGUUGCUUUAGCACUGGCCUACGUCAACACCUGAACUGAGGACAGAGAGUGAAGUAGUCGAACGCGUCAAUUUCACUUAUCUUGGAAUUCUGGUCGACCCUAAUGGGUUGGUGUUUGACGAAAUCUCAGUACGGAUUCAAAAAGGUUGUUUGGCUUUUACCGACUUACGUCACCUAUAACGAAGGGGAGGUAUCCUUCUAUCAAUAAAAGGACGAGUAUACUCUGCAGCAGUUCGUUCUGUCCCACUUUACGACUGCAAAACGUAGCCAUUACGGGUAGAGGAUGUACGUCAAUUACCAGUAUUUAACCACAGAUGUCUUAGAAAUAUUGCUCAAACCUGUUGGAAUCACCGGGUAAGUAAUAGUGAGAUUAGACGCAGGGUAUUAGGGAAUGAUGGUAAAUCAGUUGAUGAGGUUAUGAAUCUUCAUCGACUGAGAUGGUUGGGCCAUGAGUUACGUAUGUCUGGACAUCAUUUACCACCACGCGCAAUGCCGACCUGUGUUGAGGAUGGUUGGAAGGAAGUUGGGGCCGGCCAAACCAAAACGUUGCAUUAGUCCAUAAAGUUACUAACUUAUAGUCUUAGCCAUGUUGGUAGGUGCAGACUACUUGGUUGAGGCCUAUGCGACUAUCGUAACCAAUGGUUGGAAACUUUGUGUGACAUGGCUCAGAAUUUAUCACAAUGGCGUAGGUAUAUACACUCUUUGCCUGCCCUUAAACCGUGAGAUUAAAAUCAUUUUAUAUCUUUCUUUCUACGAACUAAUUCUUUCUUCCUGUAUGAUUUCCUUAUACACAAUCUUUCUUUUCUAUAUCACUACCAUUAAAGUAACUGCUUCUGUGAAUUUGGUGUUCACCUUGUAUUUAUGAAGUGUGCAACUUGGACCGAUGCAUAUAUGUGCCUGGUCCUACGUUGCAGCUGACUGACUGUGGGUCGCCACAUGUAGUCUUUCAGAAGACGGUACGGGUUAUUUCAGAAAAGCAACAAAAAUAUCGGUUAAUAGAGGUCAUAAAUAUACGAAGGUCAGUCAGUCAGUAACAACGUAGAACUUCGUACGUACGUACAUCAGUUCGAGUUGCCACACCACAUUAGCACAGAGAUACUGUUGUCGAUUCAAAUCCCGUAGUGGUAGAGGUAGCAAGAGUAUAAGCAGUAAUCGGGAAGAUUAGAGUUUGGAGAUGUUAUUUAAAGAGUAUAAUCCAGUGAAAUAAAUUUGGAAAGAGGAAAAAAGGGACAUGAAGAAUUCAGAAGAUUAGAAUUUGGGAGAACACAGAGAGUGGAUGCACCUGCGCCAUUGCAAACGAUUUUGAGCCAUGUCAUUCAGGGUCUCUAACCAUCGGUUGCUAUCAUCUCGCGGUCCCCAACCAGGUAGUCUACACCUACCAACACGACUCAGUCCACUUGUCAGUGACUUCAUGGACUUGCGCCAUGUUUUGGUUUGGCCGCCCCUAGCUUUCUUCCAACCUACUCCUAUACCACUGAACAUAGCACGUCGAGGCAGUCGGUCGUUGGGCAUACGUAACACGUGUCCCAGCCAUCUCAACUGAUGAAGUUUCACUACUUCAUCAAUUGAUUUGCCAUCCUUACCUAGUACCCGUUUCCUAACAACUGUGUUACUUACUCGAUGGUCCCAUGAUAUACGAGCAAUGUUUCGAAGACACCUAUAAUCAAAUACUAGUAGCCUACGGAUAUCCUCUACUCUUGCCGGCCAUGUUUCACUGCCAUAAAGUAGGACGGAACGAACUGCUGCGCAGUAAACACGUCCUUUGGUUAAUAGACGGAUAUCUCGCCUACGCCAUAAAUGACGCAAGUUGGCAAAAGCUAGUCGAGCCUUCUGUAUCCGUUCUGAGAUUUCGUCACACACUAAACCACAAGGGCUGAUGAGACUUCCAAGAUAAGUGAAGCGGUCGACACACUCAAUUACUUCACUCCCUAUCACUAGUUCGGGUGUCGAUGUAACCCAAUCCUGAAGCAACAUUUUGCAUUUCGAGGGAGAGAAUCGCAUCCCGAACAUGCUUGCAUUGUUGCUUAGAGUGGUCAGAAGACUCUGCAUUUUCUCAGCGUCUUCACCAAAUAAAACUAUGUCAUCGGCAUAUUCUAAGUCAACAAGUGAACCUCCCGGUAAAAGUUCAACCCCUGGAAAGUUAGAUGAGGAGAGUGUUAUCUCUAAAAGUACGUCAGUGACAAAGUUAAACAAGAAUGGGGAGAGUGGACAGCCCUGACGAACACCACUUGAGGUAAUCAUUUCUGAUGACAGUUCGCCAUAAGCUCUCACUCGACCAGUUGUGUUCGAGUAGAGAGCCUUUAUAAGGUUAAUGUAGUUCUUUGGUACUCCUUUCAGUGACAAACACUGCCAUAGAACCUCACGAUCAACAGAGUCGAAUGCCGCCUUAAGGUCGAGAAAUGCUACGAUUGUGGGGCGUCUGAAUGUGUGUCUGUGUUCUAGAACCUGACGUAGUGUGAAUAUCUGAUCUAUGCAACCACGUCCAGGUCGAAAACCAGCCUGAUUUUCUCUAGUCUGCUCUUCACGAGCUUUAGUUAGGCGUCGAAGUAAUAUUGAAGCUAAUACGAAGGUAUUUUCAAGAUCUGGAUAAAUCUGAUGUACCUGUUAAUACAUCCGAAUUUUAGCCAGUAAUUUUCAGGUUCGAAUUCAGCUUCACCUACUCCAGUUUGGACAACCGAGUAGUAUCAUUAACCUUCACACUUAGUGUGGCUAAUACCCAAGUAACUGGUAAAUGAGUUAAUUAGAACUUAAAAGAUAAAGCAGGGAGGUGAAUAUACUUUCACCAUUACGAUUGAUUUCUAACCAUAUCACAUUAAGUUUAGGUACUGCUAUACUAUUGAGUCAGUGCUUACCAUUUAUUCCCACUUCAGAUAUAUAGAGACUAAGCUAUUUCUAGGUACUCAGGCAAGUGAUUUUGAGUUCAUACAAAAGUGAUAUUGUGAAUUUUUGCUGUAUUGCUUGUUUUCAAGUUAUUAUAUUCUACCACAGGUAUUUUAAGUGUUUGCUCAACCCAAGUUAUAGUAUGCACUUAUGCACAUUUUUGGCACUGAAAGAUUAGCAAGUCAUUUUGUGCUAUUAUUUUUUCUGAUCAACAACAUUAGUUUGUGUGGGCUUGGAGUUUGCAUAUCGGGGGUGUCUCUAAGGGGUUUGCUUACACUUGUACGUUAAUAAGUUGUGGAUUGUCUGUAAAAGAAUGUUUGUUUCAAAACUAUAAGUGACACCCUCGGUUCGGCAUUAUUUAUUGACAUGCAAGUUAAUUAAAAAACAUUCCAGGUAUAAUUUAAUUUCGUCUGCAAAUGCAAAUCAAGCCUUCGUUUUAAGCUGUUGGUUUCGUCAUAUCUAGAUCUGCAAGAGGUCGGUGUUAAAUUGUGUCUUUUUCCGCAUAAUUUAGAAGUCAACAUUUUCUUCGUAUAUUCGAAAGCAGCUUUGCUACCAUGUACUGUGACUAAGCUUGGUGUUUCAGGUCCGUUUUCUUUAUAUGAAUCGUCCUUGUUGUCGGGAAAAUUUAUGAUGAUUAUGUGGUGUUUUCUGUGGUUACAGUUUUGCGAAUACGAUUUAAUAAUAAAUACACAUGUUUUACUUUUUUAGGUCUAUCUGAGGAAGAGUUACGCCAGCUUAACCCAUCUGUGGCCGCUACGCUGAGCGCUUUAAAGCGUGGCCAUAGUUUAACACAGUUGUAUACAGAUUAUGUGCAAGUUGUUGAAGAUCGAGACCAGCUCAAACUUGAUAAACAACGAUUGACGGAGUAUAUGGAACAGAUGGUCGAUGAGCUCAAAGAAAAAGCUCCUCUCCUACGAAACCAACAAGAAGAGUAUCGGAAAUUACAAACGGAGUUGAAAGAGCUUACGUCUUGUUAUCAAUGUACAGCGAAGAAGUUAGAAGAAGCGCAGUUGCAAAAGCGAGAGAGUGAGCGACGUGCUGGAUUUUACCGUCGAGAGACCAGUAGACUUAAACAAACGUGCUCCGAUCUAUCCAAACAAGUGAAGUCUCUGCUGUAUGAAGUUGAAGUAUCUAGAGGGACUGUUAUUCGCAAUGAGGGAGAUUUUUGUGCCAAGUCAGACAUAAGGGAUUUAAACGAACCUGAAGAUCAUCCGGUUCCAGAUAGUUCAGUGGAUAUAACCAAUGUUUCAAGCGUGUUGGAAAAUCUAGCCUCCUCUGCAAUGAUUAUUGAUGAUCAUCUUGUCACAUGGAAAAACUUGGAUGAGCUACAGUCUCAAAAUCAACGGCUGCUCUGCGUUGCUCGUGAUCUUGCUGCCCAGCUAGAAAAACACGAGCGAGAAGAUUCGGACACAAUUAAGCGUAUGUCUGAGCUGUCUUCUCGUGUUGAAACUUUAUCUGGUGAAUUGGACGUUGUACGUUUAGCCGCUCGUGAAGCACGAACAGAGGCAAAUAUGUUUUCUCAGCAACGUGACCAAUAUCGUGCUUUAUUGAAAAAAUAUGACAUCGACUUAUCUGAUAAAGAAGAACUUAGUUCUGCUCAAAGUCAAGAGUCUAUUUUAGAUGAUGUUAAUCCGCUAAGUCGCUGUAUGAUCAAUAAUAAGACUCCAAGUAAGGGUUCUCCUCCCAGCAAUGGAUCCUCUGCUGUUAUUGAGCGUCUGGAAGGUGCCCUAAGCUCGUUACAGACGGAAUUUGCACGUUAUCGGGAGGACAAGUUGGAGUCAGAUCAUGUAUAUACUACUACAGUCGAUAGUCUACGAAGAGAAUACAACGAAGCUCGACUGUUAAAUCAGAAACUUAGCUCACAACUUGAUUUUACUCACGAAAAGCUGCGUGCAUCAGAAGCUAAUGUUGCUGGAUAUAAACAAGAAAUCACUAUCCUUCGUGAAAUGAAUGCCCGCUACUCAACUUCUGCAGCCUCCAGUGAAGCAGAAUUAUCAAGACUUAGAGAUGAAUUAACCCAUGCAUCUGAUCGCCUCACAACAGCAGAAGUGGAUGCAAGACAUUUUUCGCGACAGUUGGAAGCGGUGCGAGCUAAUGAGACUCGUCUUAAACAAGAAAUAGAUUCAUUACGCCGCCAUGAUCAAAUCCAUUCUCAGCUAAUGCAUCAACUUCAGUCUAUACAAGGAAGUCUCGAACAAAGAGAGUCAAUGGAUCGUUCAUUGAAUGAACGAAAAAUUGAACAGUUGGAGAAGCAACUAUCUACUGUCAAUUCAGCUCUUACAGAUGCUUCCAAGGCCUCCCAAAUAGCUCAACAAACUUUGCAACACGAGCUAGCCCUUUCUCGUGAGUCCGUAGAGUCUAGCGGCAGAGAAAUUCAACAAUUAAAUACCCGGAUACGAGAUUUAGAGGAAAGAUUGGCAGCUGUUAGAUCUCAUGAUGACAAUAUGGAACCAAGUAUAUCUGAAUCAUCUCCUGAGUGUUCGAAAAAGGCUCAAAUUCGUGUUCGUGAACUGGAACAUGAAAUUGAAAGUCUUAAAUCCAGUUUAGAAUCAUCUCGGCAGCAAUCUGAUCGCAUGAAAACGUUGGCUGAACAGGCUGAACAGCGUCUCAAUGAAAUUGUAGAAGAGAAUAAACGACUGGAAGAGCACUUUUCACGUGAUAUGUGUGAGACUAAACAGCGUUGUGAGUUUUUAGAGGCACAACUAGAUCUAGAAAGAAAAGAACGUCAAAAUCUUGUAAAUGAAAAUAUACGAACUACAGAAGAAGCCCAUAAGUUGAAUGCAGAUUUACGUCGAGAAUUGGCUAGCUUACAGAAUGAAUUAGAAAGCUCCAGAACUCGUUAUGAAUCAGCUCUUCAAGUGGAAGCUGGUGCUAAAGCCGAAAUAGAAUGUCAUCAACAGGCUGCGCAAGAGGCUCGUGAUAAAUAUGAACGUGAACUGACAUUACAUGCACACGAUGUGGAGUUAUUAACAACAGUACGUUCACAAUUGGAUUCUAUUAAAAUGCAUUCCGGUGAAUUAGAACAAGAAUUAAAUGAAUCUAGAUCGAAAGCAGAAACUGCAAUUACUGAUUUAAAAAUUCAAAUGGAGUUAUGGGAAUCGGAAAAGCAGGAGUUGAACAGGCAAUUGAAACAAAGUCAAGAAGACCAGAAUUUGUUACAAGAUCAAAUAAUUCAACUUACACAACAAAUGGUUUCAUUAAGAAAAUCUUUAGAUAAAUCAAAUAUUUCUGCUGAAGACAGCAUGAGUUCCACUCAAGAUAUCGAGUCAAUUAAUUCAGAUAUAAAAACCUCUGAGGAAUUAUUACAAGUUAUUGGUUACCUCAGGCGUCAGAAAAACUUGGCAGAUGUUGCUCAUGAAGCUGCUAGUGCUGAAGUAUCCCGAUUGUUAUUGAGAGUGUCUAGUUUGGAAUCACAAAAGGAAAAUUUACAAUCUCAAAUCGAUAAUGAACGUAAAGCUGCUGAAUUAGCUAUGGAAACUGCUCGUAAACACUCUGAAGUUAUGGAACGUGUUGAACAAUUAAAUUUGGUUACUGAAUCUAAUCGAUUACUGCGUCAUGAAAGAGAGGUUUUGCGAUCAAAGUUAUCUGAUGCAGAAAAUCAGCUUGCAAAAUUGAACGAUGAAGUUGGUCCAUUAAAACAGUCCAACAGUGAUUUGAUUGCUCAGAAAGAUAUUCUAAUGUCUGAUAAACGAUCUCUUGAAGAAGAACGUGAUCGUUGGAAGGAGCGUUGUAGUCGAUUAGUGGAAACAGCUCAACGCAUGGAUCCUGAACAGUAUAGACUUGCAUGUAAUGAACGUGACGAAUUACAACGUAGAUUAAAUCGAGCUGAGGAGGAAGUUCAAAAUAAUGCUAAUAAGUUAUAUGAUUUAAAAAAUGAAUCAGAUGACCAGAUAAAAAAGCUAAAUGAUCUUUUGGAAAGUGCGCGUAAUUCAUACCAGGAAGCUGAACAGAAAAUUUCUUCAUUCAGUGUUCAAGAAAAUUUAUUAAGAGAAGAUUUAAGUGCAAAAGAGACAACAAUUAUGAAACUUCGUGAAAUCGGACGAAAAUAUCGUCAGGAAACCGAGGUAUUACGACGAAAACUCAAUGAUAGCAGAUCAGAUGAAGCUCAACUUCAAACUACGAAUGAAGCAUUAACUGAAGCUAAAGCGGAUUUGGUUACUUUACGUUCUGACUAUUCUUCUUUACGUACUGAAUAUGAUCUCUUGGAAGCAAGUGUAACAGAAGCUCUUCAGUUUUUAGAUGAAGUGAAGGCUAGAGAAUCAGUUAUAACAAUUAUGAAUUCAUCUGUUGGAGAAUCAGAUAUUGAAAUAAAUCCUAAUAUGUCUAAUGGUCAAAAAGUGGUGAGUGAAUUUCGUCGUCUUCUGUCAGGUUUAUGUAAUGAGAUCGAUCGUUUACAACAACAUUCGGAUUCUCAAAAAGAACGUUUACUACGAACUCAACUUAUAGAAUCUCAAUUGACAAAAUCUCAAAAAGAUUGCACAGAACUUCGGGCUCGUUUAAUUGAGCUUCAAUCAAAUAGCGUACAUCCUCAAACUGUGUCAGUAUGUUUGCAGACCAGUGGAGCCUCAUCUCCUGCAGCAUCGACCUUGCAGGAAUCCGAGUCCCAAGAUGGUGUUCAGAUAACGCAUACAUUUGUACCACGGGCUUUGGCUUUAGGUGCUUCCCCAACAAAUCAAGCCACAGGGAAUCAGUUACAUUUGGAAACUCCCACUUCUUUGAACAUUACUGAUGGUAGUAGUACGGAAACUACAAGUUCUGUCGUAUCUCAAUCAAUUCCUGCUUGGAUUAUGCGUGCUGGAGCCACUGUACAACCGGUCCAUCCAACACCUGCUAUUACUCCACCUAAUUCACUUGCUGGUCCUAAACAGACAGCAGAAAUAAGACCUAUCACAAGUAAUGUAGCUGCUGUCAUGCCAACCCCAGCACCAUCAUCAGUCCCGAUGCUGAUAACGAGUGGUCAGUCAGAAAAUGUCCCUAUUUGUGGACCCUCAAGUAUUGCAAUUUGUUCACCUGUAUCUGAUACAACUGUAGGUCCCAGCUCAUCAUUGUUUACGUCUUGCGAUCAGAAUGCUGCGUCUUUAUUGCGAAAUACAUUUCUACGCCGAGGUAAUAUCCUUAACCAGCCUCAAAGUAACAUUUUAACUCCGGCUUGUUCUUCCAGCGUUCCAACUUCAGCACCUCGUUCGACUACAGUUAGCAUAACUGGAAAACGUCGAUUCGAAGAAAGUUGUUCAAGCAGUACUGUGGACUCAAUACUUCAUAUUAUACCACCAGUAGAUGAUAACAUGGUUUCAACAAGUGAAGUUUCUAGAAAUAAUGAAAACUCGUUUUUGUCUGCCAUUAACACUAACCAUUUCCAUCAGCAACAAUUUAACCCUGGCUCUAUUCCUUCUGAAUCUAAACGUAUACGCCAGGCAGUGGUCAGUGGUCCCAGCACAUCAAUAUCUUUUACCCAGGCAAGCCCUAGUCCAAUUGUCCUUGGUAGAUCACCGUUUGGUAUCAGUGCACCUGCUACAACUCCGUUACAUGCAACUGCUUCUCGUUUAGUUGCUGGACAACAAGAACCCAGUAACUCUACAUUAGGUACACUGACAGUCGCUACCGGUGUAGCUGGUAUCAUAACUCCUGGAACAUUUGAAACCUCAGAAAGUGUGGAACGAUCAUCAAAUGAAGCCGGUGUAGAAAUAGAACAAGCUACAGCUGAUAUUGUUAUUAGACAAGAACUUGGUGAAAAUGUAAGAGGUGGGAUUGAUGUACCUACGAUGGAUGGUCACACUGAAAAUAUUGAAGUUGUUGAGUCUGAAGUCCGAACAUCUGAUCAAAAUUUAAGUAGUCCUAUAAAACCUACAUCAAGUACACUAGAAGAGGUAUGCGAGUCUUCUGAUGAAGAGCAAGAAUGUUAUUCGGAAAAUGAUGCUUUUUACGAUGCUGAUCAACGUGAAUCUGGAUCCAUGGAUGAUGAAUAUGUCGAAAGUGAUUCAAAGGAUUCCUCAUUUGAUGUUAAUAACAAUAAUAACAUUAGAUUCAAUGCUGUUCCGACAACUUCAAGGCCGUCAGGAUUCGCUACAGAAGAUGUUUGUAAACAGGAAGUUGAUACUGUUUACAAUGAAGGUUCUGUACCUGAAGAAGGAGAAGCAGAAGACUACAUGGAAGAAGGGGAUUAUGAUGAGUAUGAAAGAGAAGAUGAGGCUAAUUGUGAUUCAUAUACAGAAGAUGAAGAAGAGGAGGAAGAAGGAGAACAAGAAGUAAUCGAAUUGAGUAGUGGUUCUGAUGAUGAUACCCAGGCACGUGGUGCUGAUGCUGAGGAGCACUACUCUUCUGGUGUGGACAAUUACGGCAACGAGGAAACAAAUGAACACACAGCACCUACAGAUGUGGGAGUACCUGAAAAUGUCGGUGAUUGCAAUGAAAGGGUAGGUGAGGAUGAUGGACAAUUACAUUAUGAGACAAAGAGUAUGGAGAAAAGUGACUCCACUCCUCAGAUUUCAGAAAAAGUACCAACUUCUCUCAAUACGGAGAUGGAACCUAUUUCUUCUAGCAAGGGUUUAUUUGGCGAAUCAUCUAUUCCUAAUCUCUUUAGCAACUCUGGUCUCUCCAAAUGUUCCGGCUCAUUAUUGGGUUCAUCUGGUCUUUUCUCCGGUUUCAAGCCUUCUUCACUAACUGUUCCAUAUUCAUUUGCUACUACUGAGUCCGGACUUCCGUCUGGUAGUUGCAUGGGACUUUUCAAAUCAUUUUUGCCAGUGAAUACAGUCCCAAGUUCAACCGCCACUCCAUUACUUUUUAAGCCUUCUACAUUCUCUGCUUCAGUUGCAGCUUCCAAAGAACCUUCAAGCUCUGGGGAUUCUAGCACAGCUCGACCAAAGAUUCAACCCAUUGUCUGGGAUUCCUUCGACCCUUCUACUGCACAGUCAAGUGUAUCAGAUAAUGCAUGUACUAGUGGGCCGGCUCGAAGAAAAAAAUGGUGCCCUGUCGCUUCCGUGCCAAGAGCUACUAGACGUUCCAGCCUACCUACUAGUAGAGGUUGUGCUGCUGGAAAGCCUGGAUCUAUUCGUGGUGGUUUACCUCCUAGAAGAGGUUAAUGACUAAACAAUACUGUUGCUGUAUAUUUAAGAGCUAAGAUUUAUGCCCAAUUUUACCUUUGUUUUCAUUUUAGCAUUUCAUUGUCCCGCAAAGUGUUUCUUGCGUAACUUUGAUGUAUUUAAAGUAUAGUCAUGUAGUCUGCAGUAUACUAGUUCACUUUGAGUGAAAGAGAAUGAAUAAUUAAUUGGAUUAUGUAUGGGUU